UUUUGAGUAAUUUCAAUUUGUUUGUAUUUAUUGAAACAGUAAAACAUAAACUAUUCAUUUUCUUUCUCUCUGUAUUCAUUAGCUCAUGGUCGCCUCUGUUUCUUACAAUCCUCUCUCAGAUCUCUCUAUCUCUAUCUCGUAAGCUUUGCUUCUCCCUUUUUUGCUUUGUUGGUGCUUGGUGUUAAUGGAUUGGAGCUCUGUUGAUUGGUGCUGUGCUAAUUUUGUUGUGACCAGGGGUUAUACUUUUGGGUUUGAAGUGAUAUAGAUUGUUAUUCCUUUGCUUUUAGUUUGAGCUUCUGAAUGUAUUUUGAUAUUAGGAUCUUGAGUAAUUCUCGUAAAUAAAGUAUGUUUCUUGGUUGCUUCAUGGGAUUUUGGAGGAACUUUUAAUUUAUUGUGUGGUGAUCAUUGCAAUGGGGGGACUUUGCUCGAGGAGUUCCACUGUAGAUAAUGCUCCCGGUGGAGGCUUUCCGCAUCUAAACGGUCAUUUUAACGGGUCUGGUUUUGUAUAUCAGUCUCGUGAAGUGAAAAUAAAUAGCAAUACUACCCCAUCUCCCGUUGAGGAUAAUGUAGAAAAUAAGCCAGUUCGAGAACCCUUUUCUUUUCCGGAGGUGAAUGUGGUUCCUUAUGGGAUGAACCCGGAUGAUAUUGACGAUGGUAUUCCUCGCUUGUCCAGGAAUAAAUCUAGAUCAACCAAGUCUAAGCAGGCAAAGGUUUCAGAAGUAAGUUCACUUUUGGGAAGAGCCGGGACUGUAGGUCUUGAUAAGGCUGUUGAAGUAUUGGACACACUUGGUAGCAGCAUGACAAAUUUAAAUAUCAAUAGUGGUUUUACCUCCGGAGUGACGACAAAAGGAAAUAAAAUUUCAAUUUUGGCUUUUGAAGUUGCUAAUACGAUUGUUAAGGGUGCCAAUCUGAUGCAAUCCCUUUCAGAAGAAAACAUUAAGCAUUUAAAAGCAGCAGUGCUUCCCUCGGAUGGGGUGCAAAAUUUAAUUUCAAGAGAUAUGGAUGAACUCUUGAGAAUCGCGGCAGCUGAUAAGAGAGAAGAACUGAAAGUUUUCUCUGGAGAAGUAGUGCGUUUUGGAAAUCGAUGCAAAGAUCCCCAGUGGCAUAACUUAGACCGCUAUUUUGAGAAGUUGGGUUCAGAACUCACACCUGAAAAGCAUUUGAAGGAAGAAGCAGAUGCUAUGAUGCGGCAGUUGAUGAAUUUUGUACAAUAUACAGCUGAACUAUAUCAUGAAAUGCAUGCCUUGGACAGAUUUGAACAAGACUACCGGCGUAAGCUUCAAGAAGAUGAUAGCUCAAAUGGUCCUCAAAGAGGUGAUAGCCUUGCAAUUUUGAGAGCAGAGUUAAAGAGUCAGAAGAAGCAUGUCAAAAGUUUGAAGAAGAAAUCACUUUGGUCCAAGAUUUUAGAAGAGGUGAUGGAGAAGCUGGUAGAUAUUGUCCAUUUUCUGCAUCUGGAGAUUCACGACGCUUUUGGUAGUGCUGAUGGUGAUAGACCAAUAAAAGGAUCUUCGAGCAGUCACAAAAAGCUGGGCUCUGCUGGUCUCGCAUUGCAUUAUGCAAAUAUUAUUACUCAGAUUGAUACCCUGGUCUCUCGAUCAAGUUCUGUUCCGCCAAAUACAAGAGAUGCAUUGUACCAAGGACUGCCACCUAGUAUCAAAUCUGCUUUGCGCUCCAAAUUACUGUCAUUCCAUUUUAAGGAAGAGCUUACGGUAGCACAGAUCAAAGCUGAAAUGGAGAAAACUUUGCAGUGGCUUGUUCCUAUUGCGACUAACACAACCAAAGCUCAUCAUGGAUUUGGCUGGGUUGGAGAAUGGGCAAAUACAGGGUCUGAGGUGAAUAGGAAACCUACAGGACAGACAGACUUGUUACGAAUCGAGACACUACACCAUGCCGAUAAAGAGAAGACCGACUCUUAUAUCCUUGAAUUGGUGGUUUGGCUUCACCAUCUCGUCUCCCAAGCAAGAGCUAGCAAUGGUGGACUAAGAUCUCCGGUUAAAUCUCCGAUUCGAUCGCCUAAUCAGAAAAUGAUUCAUUUGUCUACCCACACGUCAAGCUCUCCAUCCUCCAUGCUGACAAUUGAAGAUCAAGAAAUGCUUCGGGAUGUGCCAAAAAGGAAAAAGAUUCCCGGGAUAAGUAAGAGUCAGGAAUUUGAUAGUGCAAAAUGCAGAUUAAGCAAACACCAUAGGCUGAGUAAGAGUAGUAGCCACUCUCCAAUGACCGAGAGCAGAAAAGAUCCCUUCCCUAUUAGAAGGCCAUCUUCUGUUCCGGUCAUCGACUUCGACUUAGACCGACUCAAAGCGAUGGAUGUAAUCGAUCGAAUUAGAAGUUUGUGAUAAUGUAUCUUCUGCAUCGCCAGCCAAGAAGUAAAAAGGACCCAGUCUGGUUCAUUUUUCCCUUGCUGGUAUUUUCUGGUGGAGAUUUAGUCAUUUGUUUUUGUAUCAGAGAAUUUUAAGGUGAUAAAUGUUGCUAGAAAUAUAUCAGGCUUAUUAUAGUUUCCUUUUGUGUACAGAACUACUUGAAAGAUUUUAUAAUGAUUUACAAGUUCAUUUUUUCUCCA